AUGAAUGCGCAGCUGACGAUGGAGAACAUUGGCGAUCUGCACGGGGUGAGCCAUGAGCCGGUGCCAACUACGGCCGAUCUGAUGAACAGCAGCCCCCAUCACAGGAGCUCGGUGGCCCAUCGCAGCAAUCACUUGCCAGCCCACCCUCGCUCCAUGGGCAUGGCUUCCAUCCUGGACGGUGGCGACUACCACCACCAUCACCGGCCCCCUGACCACGCGCUGACGGGACCCCUGCACCCCACCAUGACCAUGGCCUGCGAGACACCCCCCGGGAUGAGCAUGAGCAGCACCUACACCACGUUAACCCCUUUGCAACCUCUACCUCCCAUCUCGACCGUGUCGGACAAAUUCCCUCACCACCACCAUCACCACCACCAUCACCACCACCCCCACCAGCGGAUACCAGGGAACGUGAGUGGCAGCUUCACCCUCAUGAGGGACGAGCGGGGUCUGGCUUCUAUGAACAAUCUCUACACCCCCUACCAUAAGGAUGUUACCGGCAUGGGGCAGAGCCUCUCCCCUUUGUCUGGAUCGGGCCUGGGGGGCAUUCACAACUCCCAGCAGGGGCUGCCCCACUACGCUCACCCCAGUGCCACCAUGCCUGCCGAGAAAAUGCUCACCCCCAACGGCUUUGAAGCCCACCACCCUGCCAUGCUGGCCCGGCAUGGUGACCAACACCUUACCCCCACGUCCGCUGGCAUGGUGCCUAUCAAUGGGAUCCCACACCACCCCCAUGCCCACCUGAAUGCCCAGAGUCACGGGCAGAUUCUGGGCUCCAGCAGGGAACAAAACCCUUCCGUCACUGGUUCGCAGGUCAACAGUGGGAGUAAUUCAGGGCAAAUGGAAGAAAUCAAUACCAAAGAAGUAGCUCAGAGGAUCACCACCGAGCUCAAGCGGUACAGCAUCCCCCAGGCCAUCUUCGCCCAGAGGGUGCUGUGCCGCUCUCAAGGGACCCUCUCCGACUUGCUGAGGAACCCCAAGCCCUGGAGCAAGCUCAAAUCCGGCCGGGAGACCUUCCGCAGGAUGUGGAAGUGGCUGCAGGAGCCCGAGUUCCAGAGGAUGUCGGCGCUCAGGCUGGCAGCAUGCAAAAGGAAAGAACAAGAACAUGGGAAGGAUAGAGGGAAUACACCCAAAAAGCCUAGGUUGGUCUUCACGGAUGUCCAGCGUCGAACUCUACAUGCAAUAUUCAAGGAAAAUAAGCGUCCAUCCAAAGAAUUACAAAUCACCAUUUCCCAGCAGCUAGGGUUGGAGCUGAGCACCGUCAGCAACUUUUUCAUGAAUGCACGGAGGAGGAGUCUGGAUAAGUGGCAAGACGAGGGCAGCUCCAAUUCAGGCAACUCAUCAUCUUCAUCAAGCACUUGUACCAAAGCAUGAAGGAAU